CCCCGCGCAGUGAGGGGGGGAGGCGGCGCCGGGGGGGGGCGAGGGCAGCGCCCCGCCGCGGGAGGGGGCGGCUGGGGCUGCGCCGCGCUACGCACCUGCGGGGCGCCGAGCGAGGCGGGCGAGGAGGAGGAGGGAGAAGAAGAAGAGCAGGAGGAGGAGGAGGCAGCGGCCAGAGGCGCGGAGCCAGCCGGCGGCCGCGCAGCCCGCCCCCGGCUUGGCCAGCCGGCGCGGCCCCGAGGAGAUGGAGCAGGAGAAGUACCUGCCCGAGCUGAUGGCAGAGAAGGACAGCCUGGAUCCCUCCUUUGUUCACGCCAUGCGCCUGCUUGCCGACGAAAUUGAAAAAUUUCAGGGUUCUGAAGGCAAGAAGGAAGAUGAAGAAAAGAAAUAUCUUGAUGUUAUCAGCAACAAAAACAUAAAGCUGUCAGAAAGAGUUCUGAUCCCUGUCAAACAAUAUCCAAAGUUCAAUUUUGUUGGGAAAUUGCUUGGACCAAGAGGAAACUCCUUGAAGCGGUUACAAGAAGAAACAGGUGCAAAAAUGUCUAUCUUGGGGAAAGGCUCCAUGAGGGAUAAAGCCAAGGAGGAAGAACUGAGGAAAAGUGGAGAAGCCAAAUAUGCACACUUGAGUGACGAGCUUCAUGUAUUAAUUGAAGUGUUUGCUCCACCUGGGGAAGCAUAUUCCCGUAUGAGUCAUGCCUUGGAAGAAAUAAAAAAAUUCCUCGUUCCAGAUUAUAAUGAUGAAAUUCGUCAGGAGCAGCUGAGAGAGCUAUCAUAUUUGAACGGUUCUGAGGAUUCAGCACGUGGACGGGGUAUUCGAGGAAGAGGGAUCCGUGUGCCACCUGCAGCUCCUUCAAGGGGCCGUGGGGGUGCGAUUCCUCCGCCCCCACCUGGACGAGGUGCCCAAGCCCCCAGAGGAGCACCAGUGACACGUGGAGCACUUCCCGUCCCACCAGUAGCGAGGGGCGUUCCUACCCCUCGAGCAAGGGGUGCCCCGGCAGUCCCAGGCUACAGACCACCCCCUCCACCUGCACAUGAGGCAUAUGAAGAAUAUGGAUAUGAUGAUGGAUAUGGGGGUGAAUACGAUGAUCCAAGCUAUGAGGCAUAUGAUAACAGUUAUGCCACCCAAACACAAAGGGGGAUAGGGUCACUUGUAGAAGAAACCAUGACAGAACCUUGGGAUCAGACUAGAACGAACCCUACAAUAAUCUUCAAGGCUGAAUGAGCUAAGAGACAUCUCAAGGGCACUGAAAUGGAUACAAAAGCAACUUGAAGAAGGACAGCCUGAUCAUCACAAUGCAGGUCUGUUGAGGCACCACCAUUGUCCGGGAUUCAUGGGCUGAGAACACUAGAUCACCAGGCGAAGAGGAUGAAAUCUUUUGUGAGAGGAUAUAAAAGAACUGCCUGUUUCAUUACAGUCUGAUAGAGGAUCAGACUGUACUGCAUGCAAAACAUGGCCAAACCCCUCAGCCAAGACCAAGAAAAUGAUUUUGCAGAAGUAGAUCCGUUGCUGGUGAAUCAGCUGAGAACCCUGAUGCAGAAAGCAGAGCCACGUUCAGCUCUUACCACAUCUGUAGUCAUCUCCACUGACCUUUGUGUCUCUACUAGCACCAUCAGUUUAAUUUCAAAGGUACCAUGUCUCACAGCAAAAAAGAGAUAUUAAGGAAUUCUGUGAGUGACUGACCAAUCAGGGGACAUAACAGAAAGGGUAUAUUCUAUUUAAACCACUUGUGCAUAACCUAACCAACCACAUGCAGUGUAAACAACGGUGCCUGUAAGGGAAAUAAAAAAGAAGUCAAAGAUUGUCCCAUCAAGCUUAAAAUUUGGGUUUGAUAUAAUUUCCCUGUUCCACAGCAUCUGGCAUGAACAUUCAAACAUUGAGUCUUUUUCUUUUUUUUUUGUCUUUUUUUUUUUGUGACCAGGUAGCUGGUACAUUGGCAAAGGCUUUCUGGGCUGCUUUCCUCUUUUUUUUUGCUGUCAGUCUGAGCAGGUACUUAUUAAAGAAAGAAGUCUGUGACCCCCAUCCUAAUCUCUAAAUAGGCCUGCAAAAAAAUCACAAAACCUGUAAUGUACUAACAAGAAUAAAUAAUUCAGUGAUGAAAGAUAGAGGAAAACAGUGCAAACCAUUGCUGAGUUACAGAUCCCACCCCAUAGUUGCACAGGCCACCUCAUGACAUACCUUAUCUAUGUUGUAUGCUGCACCAUUACAUAGAUGAAGAUCACUCCUCUUGCCUGUCUGGACCUAGACCCACUAAUGGUAACAUCCCAGUUUUAGUACCUUGAACCUAGCAGUUUUUGGCAAAAUAUUUACUGUUAAUCUUGCAAAUUUGUUAUGUAAUACAUAACAAAUAGGCAACGGUCCUCUAUACAGGUGUUCCAUGCUGGCAUACAGAUCAUUUUGGGACAGUGAUUGGGUUUGCAGUGUGCAUUUGACAAACUAAAACCAAAACGCUAAGCCAAUAACCAAACAUCUGUUUCUGAUGUUGUUUAAGAUCUAAAUGGUAAUACAGAAUCUAAUCGUAACGUAAAAUGUCAUUAAUGUGUCUGAAAUACAUUCUAAGUUUCAGAGAAUGUCAAGUUGACGGGCAUAGUUUCAUCUAGCUGAAUCAUAGUUUCAUCUAAGCAUCAUAGUUUCAUCUAAUUCAAAAAAUAUAGUUAUCUGUGGUUGAUCCCUAUAACUGCGCUGUCGUAUGCAAAGUCCCAUUGGGUUUCUGUUUCUUAGUUUUAAUAACAAAAAUAUAACAAGAAAAAAAUAUUUCAGGACAUGUAUACUGCCAAGUCCCUUUUCCUGCUAUGGCAAAUAGUUGCUAUGACCAUACCAAUAUAAUAGCUCAAUAACAAUAUAUUCAUAGCAAUACCUAUCAAUUCAACCAGUAGUAUUCUGAUAUUAGUAAGUCAAUCUUCAAGGUCUUUUCCAGCCUGAAUGACCCUCCAGUUUAAUAUCUUUAUAAGUGACAUAGACAGUGGAAUCAAGUGCACCCUCAUCAAGUUUGCAAAUCUUUGUUCAACCAGUUAAUGACAGGACAAGGGUGAAUGGCUUUAAAAUAAAAGAGGGGAGAUUUAGUUUAGAUGUUGUGAGGAAAUUCUUUACUCAGACAGUGGUGAGGCACUGUAACAGGUUGCCCAGAGAGGUUGUGGAUGCCCCGUCUCUGGAGGUGUUCAAGACCAGGUUAGAUGAGGCCCUGAUCUAGUAGGUGGCAUCCCUGCCUAUGGUUAGAACUAGGUGAUCCUUAAGGUAUCUUCCAACUCAAGUCAUUCUAUGGUUCUAUGACUCUAAGGUUCCAUGAUUCUAGUCUCUGCAAUUCUGAUUCUCUUUCUUAUAUUGAUAUAGACUUAUUGAAAAUACCAAGAGCACAUUCAGCCACUGAGGUUGAAUAUACCAGAAGUUAAUGACUUUGAAAAGAAACUUUAUUUUCUCAUUUAUUCUUGCUUCUAUUAUUAAAUUCAUGUGAUCUACUGUACAGCUUAUACUUAUAGCUCCCUUUUCUGCAGUGUGGAAUUCUAGUACAGGAGAUUUAGGGAUCACUUACUCGUUGAUCUGAUAUGCAGGAAUAUAGCAUGGACCACAGUUCAUCCCAUGUCAGUUAUGUGAUUUAAGGUACAAUCACUUCGGUGCUGAGACAUACUGCAAAAUGAUUUAGGAAAAAAAGCAAAGAACAUUUUAUCAAGCUAAAUCUCCAGGAAUUAUUUACAUCAACAGAGUGUAUUUGCCUGAGCUCCAAAUCAUCCUUUUUGCCUUUCUUUGACUGCCAGGUAUCAAGACUUCAUAUGUACAUCUAAUUCCAGAGACGUCUUCUUCACAAGCACAGUGCUACAGGUGAAAUAGCACUUUCAGACUAGUACAAUUCUAAAACCACCAGUACAUAAUUAUGCUGGGGAUACAAGUUAUUUCAUGUAUCCUAUCAAGGGACUGUCCUAUUCUAGCUCCUUUUGGACUCAGGAAAAAAUGUUGGUUCUAUGUUUCAGUAACAGAAAUUUACUUUAGGGAAACGAAAAUAAUAGUAAAACAGAGCUAAAGUGCUAAGGAAUGUCCCCCAGUGCAGAUUUAAAACCACAUUUGACAAAUUGCAGUAAAUAAUUAUGUAAAUAAAUUUGUGUUUUCCUAGAGGCAGAUGAAAUGAUCUAGGUGACAUCCUGAGGUCUCUUUUACAUCUAUCUUCUGUUACCUUUUCCCCUUUUUGCUCACGCAUAACUAGGUUUAUUUCAAGAUAACAACACAGGGUGAUCCAAUUAGAUUCAGGAAGCUGUUCUGUUGUGAGUAUAAAGAAAGUAACCCAAUUUUGAAACUCCAGCUUGCUUUGAGUGGUUUGUAUGUUUGAUAGAAAUCCUUUUAUGAACAACUAAAAUGAGAUAUUUCAAGCUCUAAAUACGUAAUGAAUUCAUUCAUAGAAUAGGACACUGGCUUUCACAUAUUUUGCAUAUCGUGUUAAAUUGCAAUAAGUCUGUUCCUUCAGGAUGACCUCAUAAUAAUGAUAUCAGAUCUUAAAUUUUUGCAGAUAACAUUUUCAUCUAGAUAUAUAAAUGUACACAAACUGAAAUCUAUAAUACGGUACAAUGCAGUACUGGCUGAACUUUCAGUUUUAGACUGUUUCCUUAGUUAUGUUGAGAAGGUGCCAAAUUCAUUAGGGGAAGAAAUCCUAAAUACAAAACUAUCAAGAAAAUGAACAGUUAUUAAUUUUAUUUAAUGCUACAAAGGAAAAGAAUCAUGGCCUAUUCAUGUGAAGUAUAAACUAUCUAAGGUGCUACUUUUACUUUCAAGUAUUGAAGUGGACUUCUUACCACAGUACCAGAGUACAUGAAACAGUGGUUAAUGCAAAUUGCAAUGCAGAACCUGUUUUGUCAGCCUUCUCACUGUUAUCUGUAGUCACAAGAAGAAUAAAUAAUUCUGCCAAGAUUCUGCAAGAGUGAACUGCUAAAAACCUUCUGCUUCAGAUGUGAGGGACAGAUAGCAGCAACGUUUAGAUUUUUCACAGCUUUUACUGAUGUAACUGCUGUAUUGGAGCAGUUUACAGGCCACGUUUGUCCCUGUAAGUGACGUUUAAAGUGUUAAUUCAUUAGCAUCGUUGUAAAGUGUAUCAGUCCAAGCAGGGGAUCAGCACAAUGGUACUGAAAAUCUUAUGCUUUUUUCAACUACCUUUGAGUCAAAAAUCUUCAAAAGCUUCUUACCUACAUGGUGGAAAUGUUUCUUUUAUUCUGUUUCAGGCUUUGGCUAAACAGAUACUAAAACCUUACUAAAAGUAGAACCUUUUCUGAUACAUCUUUUGAAGGAAAACUUCAUCUGGAAACUUUUGAAAAACUAAUCAGAAGUUACUUGGAGAAAAAAAAAAAAAAAAAAAAAAAAAAAAAACAUUGCCAGUAGCAAAUAGCAGUUGUAUAGCAGGUACAUUCUGAUUCCUAUUUACAGAUUUAGUCUUCAGCACUGUAAUGUUUUCAUGCUUAGAUAAUAGGGAAGCCUACAUGUUUCCUACAACAUAUUCAAAUGACAUCAGUUUCCUUACCUACUGAUAGACAUUUUUCAGGGAGAAGGCCGGGGGAUUGUAGUAACUUCCUAUCUCUUUUCAGUGUCUCUAGUGAGUCUGUACCUACCCCUUAUAGGUGCAGUGUAGUUCAACAUUCCCUGUCUGUGGUUUCCAAAUACCUACCCUCUCUCCAAUUGAAUCCCCAAUAAUAAUGCUGGGGAGGGAUUUUCAAGCAAAAGGUGGAAGAUAUCUAUGCUGAAUACCAAAGCAAUUGAAUAUGGAACAAAUAUUUCUGAACAGUCUUAAGACAGAGAAAAUCACAAUGAUAUUUACAUAUGUCCUUUCCUAAUGUCUUUCUGAGGAGCUUUAGUAAACAUCAUUUGUCAGAUUUAUAUGUUGUGAUUGUAUUCAGAAGGAAAAUACAGAGAGAGGUCAAUGAUCUUCCUUGAGGAUAGAAUGAGUUCAAAUAAAUGCUUAAAGCAAUGAACAGAUACAUUUAUUCGAUCAACCAGUCCCACUGUUUUGGUUUUUUUUGUUCGUUUGUUUUUGUUAUAUCUACUAGCUUUGUAAAAAGCUCCUGCUUUUUACAGUGUUGGAGUGAAAUGUUCAUAGUUAAGUGAAACAUUUUUGUCCUUAGUUUAGAAAUGAUAGUUAGACAGGACUGUGAAUAAUCAUUAACUUAUUUAGCAGAUUCUCACAUGAGUAAAUCUUUUGGCAAUAUGAUUGGAGGUUUUAUCAUUUUUCCUUCAUAAUCAAAAUAUUCCUGUAUAGCUAAAUAUAUAGACACAAAUAUAAUCCAAGCUGCUAUAGGUACAUCGGUUCUUUUUAAAAUGCAAUAUCCUUUAUUAUUUUUCACUAUUAUACAUUCUCUCACUUUUUAACCAGAAUGCAAUGUAUUUAUACUUUGUCAUAUUUCAUUUUAGCUUUGCGCUUUUAUCCACCUGUUCAUAAAUAAAGAUUUCUCUGUAUUUUAUUUCCAACCCAUUAAAAUCAAUCAAGCCAGGAAGCCUAGAAUAUGACACUUUAUGUAUCUUUACAGCAAUCCACUUACGACAUUCAUCAUCAGAAACUGUUUUCAAAUGCCACUUCUCAUUUACUUGAUUCUAUGAGCAAAAUGAAAAUUUAGCUGCUCUGAAGUAAAGUUUUUUUUUCUCUAAAACUGGGUAGGAUUCCUAAAAUUCUGUAUCACUCCCUUUGCAAAUACUAUGUCUGCAGAUAUUUUAUAUUCUAUUCUGAAAUAGUAAUAAUUUUGUGUGUAUGAGAAAAAUACAAAGGGAUGGAGAAUAUUUGAAUAGAAAUCCCCAUGUAUAAAUCCCCAUGCAUCUGUGGUUGUAGCCCAUAAAUGGAAUUUUGGUUUCUAUUUCAAACUUUGCAAAAACUUCAGAAUCCAAAAUUAUCUUGCAUUUUAGAAGGCUCUCUGCACCUAUCCUUUAUAACUCUACUGGCUUAAUUCUUUCUUUAUUUUUUUUUUUUAAUCAGAGUUGCGGUAACGUGAACUCAAACAAGAAAACACCAGAAACAGAUGAAAUCUAGUUCAACUUCAGGCAUAUUGUAAGCUACAGAAUAAAUCCAAAGAGUAUUGUAAAGGAGACAUUCUUCUCAGGUAAAAAUAUGAAUGCUAUCAAAAUUGGGCUUUCAGAAAAGAAAAAAAAAAAAA